GGCAAGCGCGCGGCUCCGCCUGGGAGCCCUCGGCCGAGAUGGGCCCGCGAGCUGCUGAGGCGAGCGGGGAGGGCGGGCUUGAUUACGCAUUGCGGCUGCAGAAAAGCUGAAGUUGCCGCCGCCCGGGCACAGCCAGAGAGAGACAGACAGACAGCCAAGCCGCGCGCCUGGUGCAGAGCGAGGCGACUGCUGGUCGGGGAGGCGGGCUGACGAAGGGGCAGCGGCCCGGAGCCAGGAGGGAGGGCAGGAGGGCUGGCUAAACCCAGCGCCGCUCCGCCUCGAGGGGCCGGGAGCGCAACGAGCGGCGGUGGGCGGAGUGUCAGCCCUCUCCGCCGCCGCCGCUGCUGCUUGGCUGCUACCUAUUCAUUCAGCCAGUCAGUCACCUAAAAUGGCUGGAGAGACGAGAAGGUGGAGGAGGCGCCGGAGGUGAGGCGCGCAGCUCCCUCGGGCCGCCUCCCCGCCGAACAGCGGCUCCCGCCUCCUCCGCUCGUCCCUUCUCACCUUGGGUUUCCGUGCGCAAUUCGAAUUAAAUGACACGCUUUUUCUCCCGAGCCCGCCGCGCCUCCCAGCUCUGAGCCAUGUCGGCCGGCCAAGACGAGAGCUCCGUCCGGGUUGCUGUCAGAAUCAGACCUCAACUAGCCAAAGAAAAGAUUGAAGGAUGCCAUAUCUGCACAUCUGUCACACCUGGAGAACCUCAAGUGUUCCUGGGGAAAGAUAAGGCCUUCACCUUUGAUUAUGUAUUUGAUAUUGAAUCCCAGCAAGAAGAAAUCUAUAUACAGUGCAUAGAAAAACUGAUUGAAGGCUGCUUUGAAGGAUACAAUGCUACCGUGUUUGCUUAUGGGCAGACAGGAGCCGGUAAAACAUACACCAUGGGGACCGGAUUUGAUGUUAACAUAAUGGAAGAGGAACAGGGCAUUAUACCACGAGCUGUAAAACACUUGUAUAAAUGUAUUGAAGGAAAAACGCACGCAGCUAUUCAACAAGGGGUUCCACCUCCAGAGUUUAAAGUGAAUGCUCAGUUCUUAGAGCUUUACAAUGAAGAAGUCCUUGAUCUCUUCGACACAACGCGUGACAUGGAUUCAAAGAACAAAAAAUCAAACAUAAAAAUCCACGAAGAUUCAGCGGGUGGAAUAUACACAGUGGGGGUCACAACACGGACUGUAAAUUCAGAAUCUGAGAUGAUGCAAUGUUUGAAGCUGGGCGCUUUAUCUCGAACCACGGCCAGCACUCAGAUGAAUGUUCAGAGCUCCCGUUCACAUGCCAUCUUCACUGUCCACUUGUGUCAAACGAGAGUUUGCCCUCCAAUUGAUGCGGACAACAUGACAGAUAACAGAAUGAUAUCGGAGUCAUCUCAGCUAAAUGAGUUUGAAACCCUUACUGCUAAGUUUCAUUUUGUGGAUUUGGCAGGGUCCGAACGAUUGAAGCGCACAGGGGCCACUGGGGAGAGAGCAAAAGAAGGCAUUUCCAUCAAUUGCGGACUACUGGCGUUGGGCAACGUAAUAAGUGCACUGGGAGAUAAGAGCAAGAGGGUCACUCACGUACCAUACAGAGAUUCAAAAUUAACACGACUGUUGCAAGACUCCCUUGGAGGAAACAGCCAAACCGUCAUGAUCGCCUGCGUAAGCCCCUCAGAUAGAGAUUUCAUGGAAACCUUGAACACUUUGAAGUAUGCCAACCGGGCACGAAAUAUCAAGAACAAGGUGAUGGUUAAUCAGGACAGGGCUAGCCAGCAGAUUAAUGCUCUGCGGAGCGAGAUCACGCGGCUCCAGAUGGAACUCAUGGAGUAUAAAACGGGCAAAAGGAUUAUUGAUGAGGAAGGUAUGGAAAGCGUUAAUGACAUGUUUCAUGAAAAUGCCAUGCUGCAAACAGAAAACAACAACCUCCGAGUCAGGAUAAAGGCAAUGCAAGAGACUAUUGAUGCACUGAGAGCCCGAAUCACACAGCUUGUGAGUGAUCAGGCCAACCAGGUCCUUGCCAGAGCAGGAGAAGGUAAUGAAGAAAUCAGCAACAUGAUUCAUAACUACAUCAAGGAAAUUGAGGAUCUCAGGGCAAAACUACUGGAAAGUGAGGCAGUGAAUGAAAAUCUUCGGCGCAACUUGUCGAGAGCCUCAACGAGGUCCACGUACUUUGGUGGCCCCUCUGCGUUUUCUGCUUCGAUGCUUCCCUCCGAUAAAGAGACAAUCGAGAUUAUUGACUUAGCGAAAAAAGACUUGGAAAAACUGAAGAAAAAAGAAAAGAAGAAGAAGAAGAGGCUGCAGAAACUUGAGGAAAGCAGUCAAGAAGAAAGAAGUACUGUUAAAGAGGAGAGCACAGACAAUGAGCAGGAGAAGAGGGACGAAAAGGGCGCUUCUGAAAGAGAGAAUAAUGAACUGGAAGCAGAAGAAGGUCAGGAGCUUAGUGACCGUGAAGAUGACGAGGAAGAUGACGAGGAAGAUGAAGAUGACAUGGAAGUUGUGGAAAGCUCGGAUGAUUCCGAUUCUGAUUCUGAUGAAAAAGCAAGCUAUCAGGCAGACCUAGCAAACAUCACAUGUGAAAUUGCCAUAAAACAGAAGCUGAUAGAUGAACUGGAAAACAGCCAACGAAGACUUCAGACCUUAAAAAGACAAUAUGAAGAGAAGCUAAUGAUGCUACAACAUAAGAUUCGAGAUACCCAACUUGAAAGAGAUCAGGUGCUUCAAAAUCUGGGUUCGGUGGAAUCUUGCUCAGAAGAAAAGGCAAAAAAGGUUAAAACGGAGUAUGAAAAGAAGCUCCAAUCCAUGAAUAAAGAGCUGCAGAGGCUUCAGGCUGCUCAGAAAGAACAUGCACGAUUACUUAAAAAUCAAUCUCAGUAUGAAAAACAACUGAAAAAAUUGCAGCAGGAUGUGGCAGAGAUGAAGAAAACAAAGGUUCGUCUUAUGAAGCAAAUGAAAGAAGAGCAAGAGAAAGCCAGGAUGAAUGAAUCUAGAAGAAAUAGAGAGAUUGCUCAGCUGAAAAAGGAGCAACGAAAACGAGAGCAUCAGCUAAAACUUCUGGAGGCUCAGAAGAGGAAUCAGGAAGUUGUUCUGCGCCGGAAAACAGAAGAGGUUACAGCUCUUCGUCGGCAGGCAAGACCUUUGUCUGAUAAGGUGGCUGGGAGGGCAAGUCGGAAGCUGAGUCUGCCUGAGCAGGCGAAUCACGAACCAAGUUCUAGUGUGUCAUCAGUAGACAAUGAAGGAUCGAGAGCAGCGUCACAGCAGAAGAUGCGGAUACCCGUAGCAAGGGUCCAAGCAUUGCCAGCAGCCACGACCAAUGGAACCAGGAGUAAAUAUCAAAGGAAAGCAAUGACCACAAGAGUUUAUACCUCCAAGGGAGCGAGAAUGAAGUGGCAGUUACUCGAACGGAGGGUGACUGAAAUCAUUAUGCAGAAAAUGACCAUAUCCAAUAUGGAGACUGACAUGAAUAGACUACUUAAGCAACGUGAAGAACUUACCAAAAGGAAAGAGAAGCUUUCCAAAAGGAGGGAGAGAGUUAUCAAAGAAGGUGUCCCAGAGACCGAUAAAAACAUCCACAACAUCAAUGAAGAGAUGGAGUCACUGACUGCAAAUAUAGAUUACAUCAAUGACAGUAUUUCUGACUGUCAAGCAAAUAUCAUGCAGAUGGAAGAAGCAAAGGAAGAAGGAGAGAUUCUGGACGUCACUGCGGUAAUCAAUGCCUGCACUCUAACAGAAGCUCGGUAUCUACUUGACCAUUUCCUUACAAUGGGCAUUAAUAAGGGUCUCCAAGCAGCUCAGAAGGAAGCUCAGAUUAAAGUACUUGAAGGACGCCUCAAACAAACAGAAAUUACCAGUGCAACGCAAAACCAGCUGCUGUUUCACAUGUUGAAAGAGAAGGCAGAAUUAAAUCCUGAACUUGAUGCUCUACUAGGCCAUGCCUUGCAAGACCUAGAUAGCGUUCCGCUGGAAAAUGUGGAAGAUAGCACUGAUGAAGAUGCUCCUUUGAAUAGCCCCGGGGCAGAAGGAAGUUCUUUAUCUUCAGACCUCAUGAAGCUUUGCGGCGAAGUCAAGCCUAAAAACAAGGCCCGCCGUAGAACGACGACCCAGAUGGAAUUGCUUUAUGCUGAUAGCAGUGAGCUAGCCAGUGAUAUAACCCUUGAAGUCAGUGCAGACAGCACGGCUAUGGCUGGCCCUCUUCCGCCUGUUGCAGAAGCUCAGGAAGGUGCAGUGAACAUUGACCUGAGAGAGCCUGCUGUUAGGGACAGGGAGGCCUCGCAGGCAGCCUUGCCUUCUAAGACUGGCGGCAUGUCUAGGCAGUCAUCUCUGACAGAAAAGAAACUACCAGAACCCUCACCUUUAUCAAAGAGAAAAACCUAUGAGAAAUCUCCAGAUAAACCAAAGUCAAAAGAGCAAAAACACUCAGAUUCUGGAACCUCAGAGGCUAGUCUGUCACCUCCUUCCUCCCCACCAAGCCGGCCCCGUAAUGAACUGAAUGUUUUUAGUCGUCUCACUGUUUCUCAGGGAAACACAUCAGUUCAGCUGGAUAAGUCUGAUGAAAGUGAUUCCUCUCUCUCGGAGGUACACAGAGGCAUAAUCAACCCAUUCUCUUCGUCCAAAUGCGUCAGAUCUUCUCCAAUUCAUUGUAUCCACAUUGCUGAAGGUCAUACGAAGGCUGUGCUUUGUGUCGAUUCUACUGACGACCUCCUCUUUACAGGAUCAAAAGAUCGCACAUGUAAAGUAUGGAAUUUGGUGACUGGACAGGAAAUAAUGUCUCUGGGUGGUCAUCCGAACAAUGUAGUAUCUGUAAAAUACUGCAAUUAUACUAGCUUGGUCUUCACAGUCUCCACAUCUUAUAUUAAGGUGUGGGACAUCCGCGAUUCUGCUAAGUGUAUCCGAACACUAACGUCUUCAGGCCAGGCGAUGCCAGUAGAUGCAUGUUCUGGCAGUACCAACAGAACAGUGACGAUUCCAGCUGGAGAGAACCAGAUCAACCAGAUCGCUCUCAACCCAACAGGCACGUUUCUGUACGCGGCUGCAGGAAAUGCAGUGAGAAUGUGGGACCUGAAGAGGUUCCAGUCUACAGGGAAACUAACUGGUCACCUGGGCCCUGUUAUGUGCCUUACUGUAGACCGCAUUUCCAAUGGGCAAGAUCUCAUAAUUACUGGCUCAAAGGAUCACUAUAUCAAGAUGUUUGAUGUAACUGAAGGAGCUCUGGGAACUGUAAGCCCUACACACAACUUUGAGCCUCCCCAUUAUGAUGGCAUAGAAGCGCUUACUAUCAUGGGAGACAACCUUUUUAGCGGAUCCAGAGAUAAUGGAAUUAAAAAGUGGGACUUGGCUCAAAAAGACCUCAUCCAGCAAGUUCCUAAUGCCCACAAGGACUGGGUCUGUGCUCUUGGACUUGUGCCCGGUUCCCCCGUGCUUCUCAGCGGCUGCCGCGGGGGCAUUCUGAAGCUCUGGAAUGUAGAUACAUUUGCACCAAUAAGCGAACUCAAGGGACACGACAGUCCCAUCAAUGCCAUCUGCACCAAUUCCGGCCAGAUUUUUACUGCAUCAGACGAUCGGACUGUGAGAAUCUGGAAGGCUCCCUGCAGCUUCGAUGGACAGAUCUCCGAUCCUGGUGAUGCGAGCGAAGAUGUGGCCAGUAAUUAAAGAUGAGCAUUGCAGUGCUAGACUUCAUAGGUACCUGCUUGCAGCUGGAGAGGAAGAAGAAGAUGCAGCUCUUCUGUACCGUUUAAGUGUGUCGUAUUCUGCUGAAACUGCUGCCCUUAAGAACUGCCUUCUGUACUGUAUCUCAAACACUAGUCUGUUGGUGGUAUGCUUGCCUCACAUAUAACGGCUGGAUUUGUGUGCAUUUAUUAGCUUUGUAAGUUGAACAAACUGGAAGCCUUUCGCCCUGGAAUGGUUGUCUCAAGACCUGUAACCUAGGAUGUGAAAGUGCCCUGUGUACCUCACUCUCUGACCCCUUCUGUUCAGCUGAGCUUCACUUUAUGGUUGUAUGGAACGUGCCAGCAUAUCUCUUGUCUCAUUUCCCAAGCCUUUAAUGGAAGAGCAGCGGGGGUCCUAAAAAGUUUACUUAUGUUUUGCUGCUGUAAGAAACUAAGACUGGAGUGUAAGGGAGGGCGGAGUCUUAGUUUGAGACGGAUUACUGCCCUGACUGUGUCAUGCUAACAAUGAAUGCCAUACGACCCGCGUUAGUUGUUAGCAUUAUACUCUUGCUGACCAAAGUUGUGCAGCUGUGUCUACUCUGUGCUCAGGACUAGAAACUAAAAUGCUGUCGAAUUAUUAACAUUUUAUUAGCGCUCUGCCUACCACAGUAUUCUUACAGAAAAACCUUAAUCUAUUUUUCUUAUGUUUCCAUCAUCUCACAAUGUUUUAUUUAAGAGGAAAAACAAGGUGUCCUUCCUUUUUAACAUACUUUGAUAUGCUGCUAAAUAUAUUUUAGAUAUGUUUGUUGAACCUUGGAGUUAGUUAAAAGAACGGUAGCAACUGUGUCAACAAAAGGCCGUGUGUAAAUACAUGGGGUGUAAAGAGAGACUAUCUUAACAGUGUGCCUGUGUGGAUUUUUUUAAUUGCUGUAGAUUUGAGUGUGGAUAUUGAACGAGAGGGUUGUAUAAUUUAUCCAGCUUUUCGGAACAUUCAUUUGUAAAUUCAGCAAGUUUUAGGAACAGUGUUUUAUUGGGUUUGCUGUUGGGUAGAGGAUAUGAACUUGUAAAUGUACGGCUUGUGAUAGUUGAUGCUUACAUUAAAAAAAAAAAGACCCACACAA